ACGCUUUCUAAUUAGGUUUCGCAUAAUUCACUGUCAUAAAUCAAAAACAGAGAGGGAGAAAACAAAAAGAAAAGAAACAAAAAACAGAGUAAUGAGCGACGGAUUCAAGAGAGACUAUCAAGUAAUCGAAGAGAUUGGCCGGGGAAGAUUCGGUACCGUUUUCCGAUGUACUUCUAGAUCUUCUGGUGGAAUCUACGCCGUUAAAAUCAUCGACAAGCGUCGGAUCUCGGCCGGUGAUUCUCUCGACGCGGAAUGUCUCGUUAACGAGACGAAGAUUAUUCAUCUUCUUUACCCUCACCCUCACAUUCUCGCGUUGCAUAAUCUCUACGAAGACGAAUCUCACCUCCAUAUGGUUCUCGAUCUCUGUUCCUCUUCCGAUCUCCACCGACGAAUAACGCUCCGGGUUUUUUCCGAAGUCGAGGCGGCUACGAUUAUGUCGCAACUGAUGCACGCGGUGGCUCAUUGUCACCGUCACGGCGUUGCGCAUCGCGAUAUUAAACCCGACAAUAUUUUAUUCGACGAGUGGGAUUCGGUGAAACUAGCGGAUUUCGGAUCGGCGGAGAUGUUCAAGCACGGAGAAGAGUCGAUGAGCGGCGUCGUCGGAACGCCGUACUACGUAGCGCCGGAAGUUCUAGCCGGAAAAAAAUACGGCGAAAAGGUUGAUGUGUGGAGCGCCGGCGUCGUUUUGUACGUUAUGUUAGCAGGUUUUCCGCCGUUUCAUGGUGAAUCGGUUGUUGAGAUCUUUCAUGCGGUGUUACGAGCUAAUUUGAGAUUUCCGUCUAGAGUUUUCCAUUCUGUAUCUCCACCGGCAAAAGACUUGCUCCGUAAAAUGCUCUGUAAAGACGUUUCCAGAAGAAUCUCCGCGGAACAAGUCCUCAGACAUCCAUGGAUUACCAGCUGCGUAGAAAACAGGCCAGCUACGGAACUAGAAUGAAAAAUUUUGUACUAAUUAAAGAGAAAAAAAGAAAAGAAAAGCAGAGUUUAUAAUAUGGUGAACCUCUUUUUCUUCCCUUUUUCUUGGUUUUCUUUUUUUCUUUUUUUUUCUUUCUUUUUUUAUAAAUUGUAUAGAGGGUUUUGGCAGUGUAAAUUAGAAGCAGCGGAUGAUAUAAAAGCAGUAUAAGUGAAAGAGUUGUAUGAACUCUCUCAAACCUUUCUGUUAAUUACUAAUGCAAUGGCUGGCCAGAGUUUUUAUGACCA